UUCUUUGAUACGUGUUUCGAAUUCAGGCAAAGGUUCAGACAGCCCCAUGUCAGCCUCGAGCACAACAGAUACCUCGGCUGAGCUGGAUUCAUCACACGGAGUUAAACCAAGGUCUGAAGGAUAUGACGAAUACUUUGAUCCACCUUUGGAAAGCAAAUAUAAAUGUUCUAUCUGUCUUUUGGGGCUGCGAGAGCCAGUGCAGACAAGCUGUGGUCACAGAUUUUGUCGUCGCUGCAUUGUUAACUCUAUGAGGAACUGUGGUCCUAGCGAAUGUCCAGUGGAAAGGUGCAAUGAAAGCGUCACAACGUCACAGAUAUACCCAGACAAGUUUGCAGAACAAGAAAUGAUGACCUUUCGGGUUUUUUGUCAAGCAAAUGAAGAAAAUGAAUGCCUUUGGAAAGGAAACCUUGGAGAGUUAGAGGAUCACAGAAGUGAGUGUCCAUUUGUUAUGGUUGGCUGCACUUAUGACUGUGGGAAACAAGUAAAGCGGAAAGAUCUCCAGCAGCACACAGCAACAAAAUGUCUGCUUAGGAAAAUUUCCUGUGAUUAUUGUAAUGAGGCAGUUUUGUGGAGUGAAUUGGAGCAACAUUUUGAAAACUGCUCCAAGUAUCCACAACAAUGCAACAUGUGUGGGAAAGAUGGUAUUGAGAGAGGCAAGAUGGAAUACCACUUGGAACAACUGUGCUUAAAUGUGAGAAUUAAAUGCCCCCUACACACUUUUGGAUGCCCAUUUGAGGGUCUUCGAUCUGAUGUGAACAAACAUAUCAUGGAGCAGCUUUCAAGUCAUGUCAACGACUGCUUAAAAUUUCAUCAACUACAAGAAGACCAGGAAGGAAGGCUGACCCAACAACAGCAAAGUGAAUUAGAGGAGCUAAAGAAUCAUUAUACCCAGCUCAGUAAUGAGGUGCUUCAUCUGGAAUGCCAAUUGAAGGCAACUAAGGAAGCACAUAUGAGACUUGAGACACCACUGCGUGAACAAGAAAUUAUGUUGAGGAAGCAAGCAGGACGUUUUUGUGAUGGAACAUAUACCUGGAAAAUAGAAAAGUUCAGAGAUUGUUACCAAGGUGCCAUCAGUGGAGCAAGCCCAACAAAUUACAGCCCACCAUUUUACACCAGUCUGUAUCCUGGGUACAAACUGUGCAUGCGAAUCAACAUGAAUGGUGUAGAUGAUGGUGUUGGCAAACAUGUGGCAUUGUUCAUUCAUUUGAUGCGAGGUGAUCAUGACGAUUUCUUACAAUGGCCAUUUGCUAAAAAGUUCAAAUUGUCCAUCUUGGAUCAAUCUGAAGAUGAAGGGGAGCAUCAUGAUAUCAGUGAAACCCUGGUGGCUGAACCUAAAUUGCAAGCAUGUCAAAGACCAGUGGCACCGCACAACUACUAUGGAUUGGGUUACCCAAAAUUUGCCCCCAUUGAGCUGAUUUGUCAGCCACAUUACACCAAGAAUGAUACCCUGCUGGUAAAAUUUGAGAUGAUUGGUUAGUUCAGCACUAUCAUGACUUGCUUGGAGUCUUUAAAACAUAUCAGUGUAUGUGGAAAGAUCAUAAAAGAACUCUGGCAGUUAUGUGUGAUUUUAGGAUAAUUUUUAGGCAACAUACAUGUAAUGAACAUUCUAUUCAGUUUUAACCCUUUCACUUUUAUCAUUUGAUGUUCAUGAUUAUCCUCCUACUGAACUUCCAUGCAUAUACAUGUAUGUCAGUUCUAUCUACCAGCUGAUCAAUUUUUCAUUAAUUGUGGUCACAGAUCUGUUUGUCAGUACAUGACGUCAAAAAAUGUUACAAAGUGAAAGGGGUUGUUUCAAGUGCCUGAAUGAUUCUUUUAACCUAAAUUUAGUUGGUAAUUUAAAAAGAUGUCCUAGUUU